UGCCACCAAGGAUUCAUCAUAUUAGUACCAGCGGUCAUUUGCAAGUUAAAAAAGGUUCAUCAGUACGUAUAGAGUGUUCGGCCUCUGGUAAUCCAACGCCAAAUGUUACAUGGAGUCGUAAAAAUAAUAUUUUGCCCAAUGGCGAGGAGAAACUUCAUUCUCAUAUACUGUCAAUUGAAAAUGUGGAUCGUCAUAAGGGCGGCGUUUAUAUAUGUACCGCCAAUAAUGGUGUUGGCCAACCCGCCUCUAGUCAAGUGGUUUUACAUGUUUUAUAUCCUCCUGAAAUCACAGUAGAACGUCCUGUGGUAUUUUCCGGAGAGGGUCAUGAGGCCAUGCUUGUGUGCAUAGUUCAUGGCGAAACUCAACCAGAGGUUAUAUGGUUUAAGGAUACCAUGCAAUUGGAUACCACCGAACGUCAUAUUAUGGAAAAUCGUGGCUCACGUCAUACGUUGAUUAUACGAAAAGUGCAUCCACAAGAUUUUGGUAAUUAUUCGUGUGUUGCUGAAAAUCAACUUGGCAAGUCACGUAAAACUUUACAGUUGAGCGGUAAACCCAAUGUAGCUGUUUUCAAUUCACCACCAAUCAGUCAGUAUAAGGACAGAUACAAUAUUUCUUGGACUGUAGAAUCUCAUACACCCAUUGAAGAAUACAAAUUAUCCUUCCGAAGGUUGCAACAAGGACAAGAGGUCGAUAACUCUAUUGAUUCGCAUUCAUCGUCAUCGUCGUCUGUUUUGCAAAUGUACGGUGGCAGCAGUAGUAUGAUGGGUGUGAAUGCGCACAAUUAUCGUUUAGGUGGCAUUAGCAGCAUGAACGGCAUGGGCAACAGUGGCGGUUAUGGCAGCUAUGGUGCCGGUAAUGUUAUACAUUGGGGUCGCAAUGACUGGCGUGACGUUGUCUUACCCGCCAUACCUACAUCACAUCAUUAUACACAAGGCAUGAGCUAUAUGAUACGCGGUUUAGAUCCAGAUCAACAUUAUGAAGCUACAGUUCAAGCGAGGAAUCGUUAUGGUUGGAGUGAUUAUUCACAAAGUUUCGUAUUUUCAACGUCAUCAAAUGAUGGACUUACUGAUCUAUCCAACUUUUUAAAUCACGGUCACUUGUCAGACAACGAGAUGCGUGAUUUAAGCGUAACAUUUUAUGGCAGCAAAUCAUCACCUCUACCAUCCCUAAACUCUCUGCUAUUUUUAGCAGCAGCUGCCAGUUUAUGUGUAAUUAAUUUUAAUUAUUAAAGAAACAAACCCAAAGAAAUUAAAACCAUAAAUACAUAACCCUCUCAAAAAUAUGCAUGUAUUAUUUACAUUAAAACAGAAAAAAGAAGGAAAAACAUUUUUAAUUAAGAAUUUAUUUGAUUUUAUCAAUGAAAACUUUUUACAAUCAUUAAGAAAAAACCAACAAAGAACAAAAAAAAAAUCUGUAAACC